GUCAAGGACGUAGCCUGCACCUUCUCCUAUGGAGGAGGGGAUCCACAAUAUCUCUUUCCUGGUGAGCGACGAACUACCAUUCAAUAUGCUACUAGGCAUGUACUACCUCGGAGUCUCACAACCUCAGUUCAACUGGGAUAGAAAGGUGUUGAUCCACAAAUUGCCCAAUGGUAGAACUGUUAGAUUGCAAAAGUAUAAAGCUAGCAGUCUAAUAGAGAACUACGGGUGUAUGUGCGCUUCAUCCUUCUAUAACUACCAUAAGCAGAAUCGAGAAGAGGACAUGUAUCUAGUCUUUGUCUCUGAGAAAGGGGACGCCGUUAAAACACCCCCAAGGAUAGAAAGAGUCGUCGCACAAUAUUCAGACCUUUUUGAGGAGCCCACAGGCAUGGUGGAAAGGGAGGUUGUACAUGCGAUAGAGAUUGUCCCAGGUAGUAAGGUGCCUAGAGGACGAAUCUAUAGGAUGUCUCUCGCGGAGUUAGAUGAGCUUCGCCGCCAGCUCAAGGAGCUCACAGAGAAGGGAUGGAUACGACCUAGUACCUCCCCUUACGGUGCGCCAGUGUUAUUUGUCCCAAAGAAGGGAGGUCCAUUAAGGAUGUGCAUUGACUAUAGGGGCCUCAAUGCCAUCACCGUUAAGAACGCAGAGCCCCUACCCCGCAUUGACGACCUCUUGGAUAAAGUGCAGGGAUGCCGGUACUUCACAAAGACAGAUUUGAAGCCCGGAUACAAUCAAAUUGUUGUUAGACCUGAGGAUCAACACAAAACCGCAUUUCAGACCAGGUACGGUCUAUACGAGUUUGUGGUGAUGCCGUUUGGCCUAUGCAAUGUGCCUAGUACGUUCUUGCACGCGAUGCACAUGAUUUUUCAUGACUACUUGGACAAGUUUAUCGUCGUGUACCUCGACGAUAUUCUCAUCUUUAGUAGGACUGUAGAGGAGCACGCUGAGCACUUAAAAACAGUGCUAGGUCUCCUAAGACAGCACCAGUGCACCAAGAUCCUGUACUUGGGUCAUGAAAUUUCAGCAGAUAGAUUGAGGCCGGAAGAUGCAAAGGUGGCCAGCAUAUGUGACUGGCCUAGACCUCAGACUGUUGCUGAGCAGGGUCCGACGGUCGACGAGGCUGUCACCCUCUUCGGCGUCUCCUUCCAGGGAACCUGCACACGGCCCGCUGCAGAGGUUGCCUCUCAAGACUACAAUUCAGGGAGCAGCACAGCCCCCGGAUUUUCAGUCUGGGCUAUUCCCGGUUCGCUCGCCGCUACCAAGGGAAUCCUCAUUGGUUCCUCUUCCUUCGCUUAGUAAUCUGCUUAAACUGGGCGGGUGCUCCCGCCCGACCUGAGAUCAAAAGGCAAAGCCCGACAUACCUCCACAGAUCGAGGCCGACACGCCCAACCGCAAGCCCACCUC